AUGAGCCAAAUAGCCAAACUAUUGAACCUAGCGGGACCGAAGCUGCCCAAAGAUGAUGAGGAUGAGGAAGAGCUCAACGCAUCUGAGAAAGCACUAGAUGAUAGUGGUAGUGAAGAUGGCAUAGACUGUUCUCUCAAUGGCCCGGGCACCUAA